AGAGAUGCCACACUCGCUCCGCGGUUCGCAUGGCGCUCUGAAGACGCCGGUGCCCGCCGCCUUGAGGAGCCGCUGCCCCCGCUCCCUGAAGAUGGGGGAACAAUGAACUAAGCGAGAAGAUUCCUCUUCUCCCCCCUCUCUCUCUUGCCCCCCUCCCCCACCCCUCCCCUCUCCCCUUGACUCCUCUCCGAGGCACCAUGCUGACCCGCCUGUUCAACGAACCCGGUCUCCUCUCGGACGUGCCCAAGUUCGCCAGCUGGGGCGACGGCGACGACGACGAGCCGAGGAGCGACAAGGGCGACGCUCCGCCGCCGCCCCCGCCGCCGCCGGGGCCCGGGGCUCCGGGGCCCGCCCGGGCAGCCAAGCCAGUCCCUCUCCGUGCAGAAGAGGUGCCCGAAGCCGCGCUGGCCGAGGUCAAAGAGGAAGGCGAGCUGGGAGGCGAGGAAGAGGAGGAAGAGGAGGAGGAGGAAGGACUGGACGAGGCAGAGGGUGAGCGGCCCAAGAAGCGCGGGCCCAAGAAGCGCAAGAUGACCAAGGCGCGCCUGGAGCGCUCCAAGCUGCGGCGGCAGAAGGCGAACGCGCGGGAGCGGAACCGAAUGCACGACCUGAACGCGGCGCUGGACAACCUGCGGAAGGUGGUGCCUUGCUACUCCAAGACACAGAAGCUGUCCAAGAUCGAGACGCUGCGCCUAGCCAAGAACUACAUUUGGGCGCUCUCGGAGAUCUUACGUUCGGGCAAACGCCCGGACCUGGUGUCCUACGUGCAGACGCUGUGUAAGGGUCUGUCGCAGCCCACCACCAACCUGGUGGCCGGCUGCCUGCAGCUCAACUCGCGCAACUUCCUCACCGAGCAGGGCGCUGACGGCGCGGGCCGCUUCCAUGGCUCUGGAGGCCCGUUCGCCAUGCACCCCUACCCGUACCCGUGCUCGCGCUUGGCGAGCGCACAGUGCCAGGCGGCGGGCGGCCUGGGCGGCGGCGCGGCGCACGCCCUGCGGACCCAUGGCUACUGUGCCGCCUACGAGACGCUGUAUGCGGCGGCGGGCGGUGGCGGUGCGAGCCCGGACUACAACAGCUCCGAGUACGAGGGCCCUCUCAGUCCCCCGCUCUGUCUUAACGGCAACUUCUCGCUCAAGCAGGACUCGUCACCCGACCACGAGAAGAACUACCAUUACUCUAUGCACUACUCAGCGCUGCCGGGUUCGCGGCCCACGGGUCACGGGCUGGUCUUCGGCUCGUCCGCGGUGCGCGGGGGCGUCCACUCCGAGAAUCUCUUGUCUUACGAUAUGCACCUUCACCACGACCGGGGCCCCAUGUACGAGGAGCUCAACGCGUUUUUCCAUAACUGAGACCUCGAGCCCGCCCCUUUCUUUUUCUUUUGCCUUUGCCCGCACCCCUGUCCCCAGCCCCCCGAGCGCAGGGGCACCCCCACCUACCCUGGCGCCGGGCGCGGGGUGCGGACCGCCGAUCCCGCCGCUCUCUUGGGCAGCGAGGUCCUCUUAACAGUGGGUGGCCCUCCCAGGGGCCUCGUUUCCCCCAGGGGACUCGCCUUCUCUCUCUCUCUCUCUCUCUCCCCCCCCAAGGGGCUCCCUCCUCCUCUUUCCCACGGAGUUCUUCUCCAGGGAUCCUUCUUUGGGCACUCCCUGGUGACCUCCCCCCAAUCCCCAUUCACUACUCUUAGGCUUCCUUUUCCCUUUUCCCCUGCAGACCCCGAGGAAUUGGUAAGGGGGCAGCUGAGCUGUGGGAGAGUUUUCCCCACCUCAUGAUUAUUACUGCUUUUAAAACAGACACCGAGCUGCCGAAGCAGAAGGGAGCCGGGCGUCCCCUCUUUCCUGAAGAGGGCAUUAGUCAGGGUGCCCAAGCCUGGACCUGGACCGCCCUCACCCCCAAUCCUUAGUCUCAGCAUUUUGUGAUUUUAAUUUGAUGGGAGGGAAUGUGGAUUGAAAGGAAAGAGAGAAGCCAAGACAAUUUGUAACUAGUAUCCAUUUUUCCCUUUCCCUUUUUUAAAACAAACAAACAU